AAGCACUUGGAUUUAGUUUGGUUUCUGCGCAUAAGCGAUCAGAUACGUACAAGUUGAUUUGCUACAACAGCCACAGUCAAGAUCUAUCGGGGCGAUAAAGUCUUAGUUCAAAGAUGGGAUGCGGAGGUAGCAAGGCAGUGAGAACCAGAACAGCUCCAACACCGAUCGCUCUCGAUCAGGGACAAACUACCACCAUUAUUACUUCUUCCAAAGAGGAGACAAGCCCUUUAAACCACAGAGAACAGCCCGACGGUAAGACAACCGUUGAUCAAACUGCGUCAGAGGGACACCAAGAAACCCAGAAGCCAGAUAAUGAGGAACCAGUCACUCAGAAGCAGAUUUCCUUGGUGCAAGAAACUUGGGGGCUAGUGAAUGGUGAUCUAGAAAAAGUUGGAGUAGACUUUUACAUAAGGUUGUUGAAGGCAGACUCAAAUAUUUUAGAACUGUUUUCAUUCCGAGACAUUGACAAAUCAUCCGAUGACAUCAUGAGAGCCGAUGAUCGACUUAAAAGACAGGCGCUGGUAACAAUGCAACACGUGGACUUGGCCGUGAACUCGCUCAACGAUCUGGGCUCUAUUGUUCCUGCUCUCAAGGACCUGGGAGGGAGACAUACGAUGUACAAAGUCGAAGAACGUCAUUACGUGGUUGCAGGAUCUGCUUUACUCGACACUCUUAACAAUGGUCUAGGGGACAAGUUUACUUCAGAGGUAAAAGAAGCGUGGACUGUUGUCUAUGGAAUCGUUGCGAACACGAUGCAAGCAGGAGCCAAAGAAGUUUUGGAGGGAUAGACAAGGAAAUAUCAGUUCAUAUACUCUAUACACAACCAAAAAAUAUUCUGAGAGGGUCUUUUAUAGAACGUUUAUUGCUGCGAUUUCGCCUCAUUCUGAAAACGUUAAAGAAACAGGAAACGUGCGCAAACUUUCAUUGCUUUGUUUAAAACAAAACAAUGCUGCCUGCUUCUCAGGCUUUAAAAAUGUCUUAACUGCCUAGUUGGUCACGGCGACAAAUGUAGACUCGAAUAUACUCAGUACCCUCUGAAGGAAAUCGUCAUCGAUCAAUUGUUAAAAGAUUUUAAAUAUAUGAUUUGGCGAGCCAAGUAUGCAGACAUGUAGGGCAUUUUUCUUCAAAACCACAUCUAGACCUUGACUUCUCCAGAGAAGCUGUUAUAUUGUCGUGCCUUUCAGGCAAGCUCAUGUAAGGGUGAGGCGAACCUGCGUGCACGCGUGGCGCGUCCUAAGAGCGAGUGAAGUGCGAGACACGC